GAAAUAUUAGGAGAUUGGAUCGUCGAUAGACAUAGAGUAGUUUUUGCUAUCAUGCCAGCAAUCAAAUAGGAUUUGAUUGUGUGGGCUGGUAGAUGUCAACAAAGUAAGAGGAGUGCCAUAUGUGGCUCUUCGUGGAUACCGAUUAUUGUUGGACAGUGAAACGAAUUAGCACGAGGGCCGCAUAUGGAAGGGUGCUGUGGUCCAAUUUCAAGUUUAAGAACAAAAAUAGGGAUAUUUCCGGAACGCUGUCUGACCUCAAGCAACUACUAGGUGAAGUGUCGUCGUAAGUAAGCUAGUGAUGCCUACCACAUGCAUCGCCAGACUUCAUCUUCGAAGGUCAGCAGCGUUUGGACAAUCGUUGUGUCAGGUGUGUGUACUUUUAGAUAAGGGAAUCCCUCGGAUGUUCACGUUUUUCAUCUUAGAUCAAACAGGGAAAUGA